AUGACCUACGAUAAACAAAACAAUGGCCAUCUCGCCAAACCGUUCACGCCCACCCUCUCCGCGGCAUUCCACCGCACCAGCAAAUCUCCUCUGACUCCGAAAUUGGCCAGUCCAAGUCCUGGAUAUCCAGUGCCUCGUCGUCUUGCUCAACCCGACCACCCCUAUUCCACCCCCACCAAGGACGAUAUUCCCUCCGUCCCUCCGUCCUACCUGAGCGCAAACGUCACCCCUCGAUCGGGUUCACGCACAACUCGCCGCGAUGCAGCUUUCCCCUCACCAACCAAUACUACUCCCGCCUAUUCUCCACCAGCUCCCUAUUCUCACGCCACGGUCGGCCUUGGUGUCAAUGGCGUGCGACGGACAGAACGAAGUCCAGCUCGCGGGGUGAAGCCCGAGCAGUCAAGGAGUCUAAGAGCGAAGACGUUGACGGCGGAAGGCCAACAAGCUUCACGCCCUAAUUCCUUUACUGAUCUCGCGGCCAACUCCCCAAUAAGCACCCCCCGUCCAAAGCAGGCCAAGAUGUCCCCUGCCUCGAGCUUUGUCUACGCCAACGGGGAUCAAGAACGGCAAGCUUCGACAGAAGACUUUUACUCGACCGUCUCCAGCGCCAAGCGCCGCUCUGGAGGCCUCCCUCGCCCUACUCCAUCCAGACCAGCUGCCUCACCUUCUCCUCGUCUCAAAUCUCCUCGAAUCUCCGAUGCCACCUCUCCUCCUUCCGACGAUAUUUUGGCCCAGCAUAGUCCGAACCCUGACAUGGCUUUAGUGGAGAGCAUUAUGCAGCGUUACUGCUCAUCUCCGAGCGUCGUGUCUGAACGGCCGCAGCCUCCCUCGCUCAAACAGCACAGAAAAUCGUCGAGCGUGGACUCCAACAGCCAGAUCUUUCCUCCUCCUGAAGGCCUUCGAGCGAGCCCAGUUAUUAUCUCCAAUAACUUGGGGAUGGAUGGACCGACACCGGUAAUGUCCGAUCAAAUUCCAACACUACGCCCCAGAGUCUUCAGCAAUGGCUCUUCUGUAUCUAUAGGACCCCAGAUAUCCAGGCCUCUGAGCCCGGGAAAGUCCGAAGGACCGGGUGAUACGGCACUGAAUGCAAGGACGGAGCGGAAAAUCAUGGAUUUAGAGAUCAGCAACUCUUCUCUACUGGCCAUCAAUCGGACACUCGAGCGAGAGAUGCGAAAACAAAACGCAGAGCUACGGCGAUAUCGACGACUCAGCCGCUCCGGGCGUCUUUCCAUGGCACCUUCAACGCGUUCCUUCUCUGGUGCUGCGCUGUCUACGACAAGUGAAUUAGAUGAAGGAAACAGCGAACUUUCAUCAAUUCGAUCCGAAGACGAAUUGUCCGAGUCCAGUGAUGAAGAUUCCGUCGUGGAUGAAGGCGUUUUGAGUCCCGAUUCUCUCGCAGAACAUGAUGCCAAGCACCGUGCUCAUGACGAGAAGAAAUUCAUGCUUGAUCUCGCCCGUCACCAGGAGCUUCUGGUUGAUAGCCAGAAACUGAACCAGAGCCUGAAACGAUGUCUCGAGUGGACUGAAGAACUUAUUAAAGAAGGACGGAAAGCUCUCGAGUACAAUGUUCGCGUCCAAGAUGUCGAGCUCGGUGGGCGAGUCCUCUCUCCAGAGGAGCUAGGCGAUUUUGGCGAGAGCGGACGGGGCUUACUCAGUCCUUCAAACGAAUAUACGACCAUUUACCACGCUGAUACUCCGCCAUUUGACGACUCAUAUUUCGACCCCGCGGCACUUCCUUUACCCUCGUCCCCCGGUGGGAGCGACUAG